CCAAUGGAUCCGAAGUAUUUUGCGUAGACAACUGUUAAUAAACACCUGAAUCGUCUGGAUGAUGGCUAUCGUAGUUCUCUAAGUUUCCGCCCCAUACAGUAGAACUGUCUUGAGAUUUGCAUUGAAAAUCCUGACCUUGGUGUUUGUUGACAAUUGUUUUGAUUUCCAGAUGUUCUUCAGUUGUAGAUGUACUGCUCCUGCUUUAACGAUCCGCGCCUUCACAUCUGCAUCAGAUCCAACAUGUUCAUCAAUGAUGCUGCCCAAAUAUGUAAAGGUUUUUACAUCUUCCAAAUCUUCUCCGUCAAUUGUGAUUGGAUUGGUGCAUGCUGUGUUUUACCAGAGAAUCUUGCUUUUCCCUUUGUGUAUAUUGAGACCUACUGCUGCUGAGGCUGCUGCUACACUGUUCGUUUUCUCCUGUAUUUGUUGUUGCGUUUGCGAUAGAAGGGCAAGAUCAUCCUCAAAGUUUAUAUCGUCUAACUGCAUCCUAGAUGUCCACUGUAUCCCAUGGUGCCCUUCAGAUGUUGACGUCUUUAUGAUCCAGUCGAUCACUAGGAGAAAGAGAAAGGGUGAAAGUAGGCAACCUUGAAAGAACUAUAAGAGCUCUUUAUUAAAUGACAUUUAUAAUAUCCACUUUAUCAGUUAGAUAUGUUGCUAUGACUCUUUUUUAAUUUUUAUCUGGUAUUUUAAUUAUACUCAAAUGAAUAUGUGAAAAAGUCUGUAAAUAUGUCUCAGUAACAAAUCAUAUUCAUCAUUUCAUUCUUCGAUUGUCAAAAAAUCAAUGAAGUGUUCAACUAUAUUCCAUUUACUAAAUUCAGUUUCCAUAUUACAUUUAAUAAUAAACAAAAUUCAAUCCAGGUGAUAUAACAUUGAUUAUAUUCAGAUUAUUGAUUCCUAUAUGUAUAGUAAUCUGAUUGACCAACUUACUAUUCAUUUUGUAUUAUUCGGAUAAAUAUAUUUCAUUUUACAUAAUCAAAACUUCAUAGAUAAACAAAACGAAAAACAAAAAAUUGUUUUUACACUAAACUAUUCCAUAGUAAAUUUUAUUCAUACAUUUUAGAUCUUUAUACAAAUAAACAAAACGACAUAGUUUUGAAUAAGCUUAAUAUGACUAUAAAUUAAACAGUUUUGCAGUGUAAUACAUUGUAUUUCAAGUUAUACAUCAUAAGAUUUACAAAAAUGCUUUGGACUAUUCUCUUCAAUCGAUUUUGUUACAACAACAACAACAACUACUACUUUUACUAUUUCAUUGUUAUCAAUUUGUUUCUUUCUAUUUAUAUUCAUUCAAACACAGAGAUAAAUCUACCUGGUGGACGUUUUGAAAUAGAAAUUUAUUACACAAAUCUAGAAUCAACUACAAGUAGUGGAUUUUACUGUGAUUGGCAAUUACAUCGAUGUGAUGUUUAUAUAAUUGUGGGAUUGUAUGAGUUAGCUGACAAUAACUCAAGGCAAUUAAUCCAUGUGAAAACAGAGACUAUUGCGGACACUGCGAAAUUUCACAUUAAAGUAUCUGAAAAAAUAAAUGAAAAAUUACCUGAAAAAUAUAGAUUAGAUCUUUAUGUCUACGAUGAAGAUGCUUUGGGUGAACAUGAUAUAAUUACCAUCGCUACAGGAUUGUAUCAGCCAGAAAAAACCAACGUAUUUCAAACUAUUCCAUUAAAUUACAGUCAUAUAAGUGAAUCUUUCAGCCUUAGCUCAUCAAUCAGACUAACGUGUAAUUCAAAUUAUUAUGGGAAUAAAUGUGACAUAUUCUGUUCACCUCAUCCAUGGGCAUACGAUUGUGACAAGAAUGGACGAAAAAUUUGUUUGCAUGGUAGACAUGGUGUCAACUGUGACAUUAUUGACUACUGCCAAAUACAUCCUUGCCCCAAAAAUACACGCUGUAAAAAUUUGCCGAGGGAACAUCGCCGAAAAUGCAUUUGUAAAAACUAUGAAGGUCCCGAAUGUCAUUCAGUUUACUAUUCUUGCGAAAAGUCGCCCUGUAAGAAUGGUGGUCGUUGUACACUACUACGUGAACUGAUAGAGGAUAAUGAUGCUGAAGGGUUCAUAUAUACUAAUCAAGGAAUCAAUGAUGAUGACGAUGAGACUAUAUGUAUUUGCCCGGACAACUGGAGUGGACCAUUUUGUACGCAACCAGUUAUUGAUUGUAUAUCGGAAAACGAAAAGUACAGGCUUUCAACUAUGCCCUUGACAAAUCGCUUUUGUUUAAACGGUGGAGUUUGUAUAAUUCAUCCUGGUAAUUCGAGUCCACGAUGUUCCUGUCCACCUGAAUGGGAUGGAUAUUUUUGCGAAUUAAAUAAAAGUUGGUCAGCUGGUAGAAUGUUUGGAAUAGCGUUCUCUAUUAUUUUUGUGAUAUUUCUUAUUCUAGUCAUUGGAUUCUUUGUUUGGCUUUGUUAUAUGUCUAGACAUCCAAAUAUUCCACAACAUCCAGCAAUUACAUAUCUAUCAAAUUUCCCCUAUAAUAGUACUAUCAGUGAUAAUGACAGUCAUGAAAAUACACGAGUUUACAUGAAACAUGAAAAGAUAUUUGAUAUUCCAGAAAGUAAUCAUUCCCUUGUUAAAUUGAGUACAUUUGGUGAUAACGCAAAUUCACAGAUAGAUACACGUAAAAUCGAAAAUCUUUACGAAGUCCCUUAUACAACACACACAGCAAAACAGAAUGAUGGUAAUUUUAACCCUCUAGAUCGAAAUGAAAGUCCAUUUACAACUAUUCAAAGUACUGAUGAAAAUAUUUACGUUAAUUAUAACACUUUGAUGUCCAAAGAACUAAGGAUUGGUUUAGAAGACAUUCGAAGGGUUACCGGGAGCUGAUAUAUAAAUCUACGAAUUUCUAAACUUCAGUGACAUACAUAAUGCUAAGACUCAAAAAGCUUGUACGUGAAAAGGUUCAAAUAAUUUAGUCAAUUACAUUAUAUUUCCAAAUUUUUAAAAGUGAUUCCUAUUUCCUCUUAUUUCAUUUUACCACUUUAUAUUGUUCGAUAACUAAUGUAUUCAGUAAUUUAUGUACAAUUUAUACGACCUGAUUAAGAUGUGUAUCAAGAUGUAGAUUUAGUUCAGUCAUUUUUCAUGUAAAAUAUUAUACACAUGUGGUUCGCUGUAUAUGUUUUUUAUAAAAUAAGCAUCUAUUUCU